AUGGCUGCCCUUUAUGCCAGGUAUCAUAUUCACCAUCGCAUAGCCACCCCAUACCAUCCACAGACAUCUGGACAAGUUGAAGUAUAUAAUCGUGAGCUCAAGAGGAUUCUUGAGAAAAUUGUUAGUUCAUCUCGAAAGGAUUGGCGUUUAAAGCUUACUGAUGCUUUAUGGGCAUAUAGGACAACUUAUAAGACACCAAUUAGAAUGUCUUCUUUUCGUUUGGUGUAUGGGAAAGCUUGCCAUCUGCCUAUGGAACUUGAGCACAAGGCAUAUUGGGCUAUUAAACACCUCAAUUUUGACUACCAGGCAGCUGGAGAGAAGCGGAAGCUGUAG